AUGGCCGUCCCGCCCUCCUCGCUGAGGCUUCGGCCCGUCCCGCCACCGGUCCCGGUGGUCGGUCCGCCGGUGGUUGUGCGGCGGCGGCUGCGGUCGUCGGAGGGCGAUCCGAAGUAUGACUACCACUACGAGUAUCGUGGCAGAGGGUGCGGUGACGCCUGGGAAAGCACCAGAUGCGACAUGACACUUGAGUGUUGUGCGAAUUGUUGGUUCUGCGGUGGUGCUGGAGUGAACAUUCUUCCCUUUUACCCCUACGCCGUCGGGUUGGUGGCCUUUACCUUUGGACUGGCGGUCGGACUUCUGGGCAUCGUGCUGUUCUUCCUUCCGGAUACGGCGGUCUGCCCCUGCGAACAUGGACUGGCAGUUGCCAUGAAUCAAAGUAGCAUGUUCUCCUCCGAAGGCAUCCAUGCUUUUCAGUGCACGCUCCACGAGACUGACUGCGACUACUGCCACGACGGCUACGAGUUAAACUGGGGAAGAUGUGAGUUGCGCAGAUGCGAGUGCCAGAAUGGAGAAGCCUCGGUAGGUACGAGCUGCCCAAAGGAUGGCCAAGAGCAUUGCGAGUCAUGUCAGGAUGACUAUGUCCUGUCAAACAAUGGGUGCCGAUUGAAGACGUGCGUUUGCCAAAAUGGGGUGGCUUCACCAGUAUCCUCUUGCCCAUCAGACGGAGCAGAACAUUGUGAUUCAUGUGAUGAUGGUUAUCACUUGUCCAGUGGAACGUGCUCUUUACGAGCCUGCCAUUGCAGCCGUGGUGUGGGCUCCAUGGGCACCUUGUGCCCCGCACAGGGCAAAGAACAUUGCAAGUCUUGCGAUGAGGGCUCUGAGUUGAAUGACAAUAGUUGCAACCUACGAACGUGCGCGUGCAGCCAUGGCACAGCCUCAAGGGGCACUCAGUGCCCAAAGGAUGGCCAAGAGCACUGCCAGGAGUGCAAGGAGGGCUUUGGGACGCACAACAACCUCUGCAUAGAAGAACGUUGCGCUCUAGCCCUGGAAGGAGUUGUCCCUGCCCCUGACUCCAAAGGAAAUGCUGCUGCCGUGCCUCAGUGCUCCAACCAGAGUCUUUUUGCAGGUCAGGCGUGCUCAAUUCCUCACAGCUGCCUACAGAAACUCUCAGAUGCUGAUCCUUUGAGAAUCGCACCAGCUUUCGUCAAGGGAAUGGCCCCCUUCAACUUGGGAAUCUCGUCCAACGUGAUGGUGAGCAUCAGCGCAGCAGUCCUAGCGUUUCCCAUUGUUUAUGCCCUUGCAAGGCAGAAGCCCUUUAUGCUUGUUGUUGAGAUUAGUGUAAGUGCAGCCGACUUUGCAUCGGACGUAUUGAACACGUUCUUGAAUGAUUACUAUUCCAGUUCCUUUUUAUAUGCUUCAUUGGUCAUCACAUUCGGUGCAGGGCUUUUGACCAUCUUGGGUCAAUACGGCCCAGACCUAAUCAUGCUGACAGCCUCCACCUACAACAGGUGUGCCUGGCUUCCUUUGAACAUGCUGCUUGCCAAUGGGUUUCACCCUAUUUUUGCAGCCCACAAAGAUUCCGCAGAGAAGCUCAUCUUGAACCUCCUCGCCACACUCGUCCUCGCAAUCCUGGCGCCGGUGAUGAUCCUGCUGGUUGCUCCCGCCAUGGCCUCCUUGCACUUCUCAGCCGUCUUUAGCUUGGGGGUGAUCCUUCACAGUAUUCGCUUGCUCCUUCUUCGGGAGGUGCAUCUGGGAUAUGAAUCACUCUUUCCAGCAACAUCGGCUGCCAAAAGUCCGAACACGUUGCGAUUGGGCACGCGUGUCUCAGAGAACACCCAUGUGACACCCAGGAAGUACCACGGCAUCAUUUUCACCGAAGUGAUGUCGGAAGCGGGGCCCAGCAUUGGGCUAACUCUGGUCAACUACUAUUACAUGCGGAGCAGCUUCAUGGUCCAACGCUUAAGUUGGACUGCCGGCUUGUCGCUGUUCCUGUCCAUGUACCUAUUCCUACGCGUCGGCUACAAAUACUUUUAUUGGUUGGGCUAUGAGCAGAAGCCUUUCGAUAGCAUACCGCUACCGUACGAUGUGACCAUCGACUAUGAAACUCUGACGAAAGAUGCAGCGAUUGCCGAUGCAAUGGCCGCCGGAGGCGCAAUAGCAAGUGUAGGCGGCGCAGCCGAGGCUGCGGCUGUGCUUAUGCAAUAG